ACAUACUUACAGUCAUCUAUAUACUGUCUCGUCAAGCAUACACUUUAUCAUGUCCUCCUUGUAAGAGGAAAAAAAAAAAGAAUUUAAAAAUACAUGCAUACACAUGUCGCGAAAAAAAAAAUGGAAAACAUGAAAAGAAAAAAAGAAAAAUGAGUAAAUUAAUCAAAUACAAAUGAAUAAUAAAUUUCGUACAGUUUUUUUGAAAAUUAAUUGAGUGAUUAAAUAUUGUGAUGUGAAUUUUUAUUACUUUGAAAAUAUAUUAUUUAUAUUUUUGAGAAUUUUUUUUAAAUUUGUGUUUAAUAUUUUUAAAUUCACCAUGACAUGUGGCUAAUUAAUUGGGUCGCAAGAGUGUGUAACGACCACUUUUGCGGUCUUCGUUAUCUUUGUUAUCAAUACCGCCAAUUUAUUUUAGUCUGAUUUUUUUUUAUUUUUUUUCUAUACACUAGACAGUAGAAUACAAAUUAAAACUAAAUAAUGAAUUUUUUUUUUUUUCAUGAUAUUUAUUCUUAGAUAGAUAAGAAAAGUGUUUUUUUUUUUUUUUUUAAUUUUAUUUCAUUUAUUAUCUAAGAUUAUUCAGUGCGCCGCAUGUGAAAGGAAUAAAAUUUUUUUAUAUUUUUUUAAAUUUAAAUUUACUCAACACACACAGAGAGUCGAUAUCAAUCGUGGGAGAUUAAUCAUUGUUUAUCAUUUUAUAUUUUUAAAAAUACAAUAAACUCUAAUAUCACCGGUGAGAAGAAAAAAAAUUACAAUAAAUUAAAAAUUGACAUAUUUAUUUUAUUAUUAUCAAAAAAAAAAAAAAAUUUAUAAACAUAUUAUUUUGAUCUAAAUUUGAUUAAGUUACUUUUCUAUUUAUUUAUAAACUAUAAAUUUUAACUACAAGACAGAAAUAACAUUUCCGACAUUAUUUUUUAUUCUAUCAUUUAUUAUUAUGAUUUUUUUUUUUUGAUUAUACACGUAGUGUAUCGUGUUUCAACGUCGUGGUUACAAUAAUUCUAGUUUACAUAUUUUUUUAAAUCAUUCCACAUUACACUAAAAAAAGUAACAUUAUUUUUUUUCUAUUUUUUUUCGUCAUGUCAAUUUUCAUAAAGUAAAAAAAUAAAAAAAUAAAAAUCAGUUUUUGUGGUUGACCUUAUUUUAAAAAGCUAUUUGAAAAUAGUAAAAGUAUUUUUUUGUUGAUUUAUUUAUAUUUUUUAAAAAAUAAGAAUCAGUUACUUGAGAAGUUUUUUUAAAAUAAAUAUCAUCAAAGUGAUUGACAGUGUAUUUUUAAUGUGAUGUAUUAUUAUUUUGACAAAUGGAUGCAGUGUAAAAUGUUUGUGAAUAAAUAAGUGUUGCUAUUGUUGAUGAUGUUUAUGUGGAAUGACAAGGUUAAUAGUGAUUGGUGAUUAUUAUUUAAAAUGGGAACCGGUGAAAUGGAUCGUGGUAUACCAAGUAGUACACUUGCAACAUUGAGAGGAAUUUUAGUUAGCUCAUUGUCCAGAGAAAAUCUUGGUCCCCAUGAUGUACCACUUAUCGAGCAUUCAAUUAGAAUUAGAACAUCAAGAAAAGUACAUUUUCGUGAAGCUGGAGCAGCUCCAGAGGAAAGCAAUCAAAGGUCCAGCUCUGCACACCAUCGCCACUCUCUCACGAAGGAACAAACGAUGCACUGGUUCGCCCAUGUUGGGGCUGAUGAUGAUCCACUAAAUUCAUCAGAUACGAAGCGUCGCAGUCUCUACGAUGAAGACUCUCUAGAUGGUGAUCUUCCUAGCGAAAAACAAGGACGAGAGUCAAGUGGAAGUUUAAAAGAUCUAGAUAGAGCAAAGCUUGUGCGUGAGAGACAAAAUGAAGAAAGACAACGUAAACUUGAAGAACUUAGAAAUCAAGCACUUGUUGCUCAAAAAUUUAGAGAACAACGUGAAGAAGAAAGAAGAAGACGUAUUGAUGAGCUAAGGUUAAGAGAUAAUGACAGACGAAAUCAAGUUGAAGAAAGAAAACGUUUAAUAUGGGAAGCUGAACGUGAAAGAAGAGAAGCAAUAUUACGUAAAAAUCAAGAACGUGAAGCAAGAAUUGAAGCUAGAAAAAAAAAUGAACGUUCACAAAUUGUAUUUGCAUUUGGUAGUUCAACACCAAGAAUGUUAGAACCAGCUGAUACUGGUGGUUCAACAUUUUGGGGUACACGUAGAGCAACAUCAACAACAAAUGUCAUGAUGUUUUCAGCAGCACAACCAUUAACAAGACGUUCAUCUGAACGUGAAUUAGAUGGUAGUAAAAAACGUGCAACAUCUGCUGGUGGCCUUGAUAGAAAACCCGGCGAAGAUAUGAGAAUGUCCUCGUCUAUGUAUGAGGUAUUCAAUUGGAAUUCUAGUCCCGAUCCUUCAUUAACACAAGUUAAAAAUAAAAGAGUCAACUUAUCACUACCACCGACAAGUGACAACUUAGAUUAUGAUGAAAAAAUUGAUUGUGAGAUAAGACGCUCAACAAUUCAUCGGGCAACCAGCGGUGAUGAUAAUGAUGGAAGUCCAAGUACACCAAGUUCAUCAUGUGUACGUGUUAAUCGUAGAAGAACAGAUUUGAUGCCAACAAUACCAUCACCACGUGAUGGACCACCAACAUCACGUAGUUCAAGUGCGAAAGCCUUCAAUCGUUCACCAGGUAGGACAUAUUCAAUGUCGCGAUUGGAUCAACUUUCACAACCAAGAAAAAUACGUGAACUUGAUACACUUGUUGAACAAAAAAAUAAUCAACAAAAUCAAACAUACAAUGGAAACCAAAAUUUUGGUUCAAAUAGCAUGAGUCGAAGCAUGUCACAUUUAGCUGCAACUGGUUCAUCAAAAUAUCUUAAACGUUCUGAUAAUUCACGUAGCAUGAGUACAUUACCAGGUGUUACAGUACCAAGACAAACUAGAGCUGAAAAAUUACGUAAAAAAGCACGUGAACAACAGUCACAACAGACACAAGGUGUACGAAGUGGUGAGGUGACACCAAACAGCCCAUCGAGACCACACAGUUCAAUGAGCCAACAGAGUAAUAGCAGUUUUGCAAGCAGUAAUGUCAAUCUACGUCCACGUACAACAACAACACCACGACGUCCAAGACCCGCAUCAAUUGCUGGUACUGGUGUUACAGUAACUGAACGAAAUUAUUCUGAGUUGAGAGGAACAACAAAAGAUUCAAAACCACCACUGCCAAAGGUACAUACAACUCCAAAGAAGCCAUCAACACCUAAAACAAGUGGUGAUACACCGAAAAAACAUAAUGAAAGAUUAAUUAAAAGUGCAAAAGCAUCACCACGUGUUACACCAAAAGCAACACCAUUACAAAGUCCUGGUAAUGAACAACCACCAUUAAUACGUCAACAUACUACUGAAAUAAUUAAAAGUACUAGUGAUAUUAAAGAUACUGUUAAAAUAAAAACAUUGGAUGAUAAAUAUGAUGAAAAAAAAGAUCAAGGAAGUGAAAAAAAUAUUAUUAGUAAUAAUAUGAAUAAUUCAGUAACAUUAUUAUCAGAUGUAACAACAAAUGGUGCUAAUGGAAUACAAAAACCUGAUAAAAAAAAUGAUAAUGAUGUUGAGAGUGAUGAAGUUGUUGAUAUGUCAGCUUCAAUGAUAUCAAAAAUACGUAUAACAACUGAGGAAGAAGCUAAAGCAGCAUUAGCUGAACGUAGAAAACUUGCACGUGAACAAGCUGAACGUGAAGCUGAACUUGAACGUCAAAGACUUGAAGAGGAAGAACGUCUUGAAGAACAAAGACAACGUGCUGAAGAAGAACAACAAAGACGUCUUGAAAUUGAAACAAUACGUUUAGCAAAUGAAGCCAGAGAAGCUGAAGAACAAAGAUUACAAAUUGCUAUUGAAGAUGCUAAACGUCGUGAAGAAGAAGAUAGAAAAAGACGUGAAGAAGAAGCACGUCAAAAAAUUGAAAAAGAAGAAGCUGAUAAAAAAGCACGUGAAGAAGCUGAAAGGCAAAGACUGGAAAUGAUUGAAAGACAGAAAAAAGAAGAAGAAGAACGUAUUGCAAGACGUAAACGUGUUGAAGCAAUUAUGAAAAGAACUCGUGGUGGUGGUGGUAAUGGUAGUCAAGUCAAUACACCAACAAAGGGUGAUAAUGGUGAUGUUGAUAAAUCAAAAGAUCACAGUCCAAUUGAAGAUAAUAAAAUUGAAUCUGUUAAAGUUGAUGAUGUUAUGACUGCUAGUUUAAUAACCGAAGCAAGUCAACAAUUAAUUAAUGUCGAAAAACAAUCAUUAGCUGAUGAUAUUAAUAACACAACUGAUAUUGUACGUAAUGGUACAACUCAUAGUAAUGGAAUAAAUGAAACAAAUAAAAUAUUACUUGAUACCAAUCAAGAAAAUGGUGAUGGUGCUUUAAAUGGUCAUCACAAUAAUCAUGGAAAUGGUAUCAAUACCCAAAUAACACUGGAUAAUGCCACUGUAAAAAACAACGUAACGAACAACCUGUUAGAUUUAUCAGAAUUUGAUACAUUAUCUAAAGCUCCAAUUAUGGAAAUAAGAAGAAAUAUUGAUAAUGAUGAUACAAUUAAUUCAAAUUUAAAUCCUAUGGUCAAUCCAUUUGCACCUCCAACAACAAAUGAAAAUACAAAUCCAUUUCAGGAUAGUUUUACAAAGACUCAGGAGAUAAAUCAAGUUCCAGAUCUUUUGUCAUAAAGUUAUCACAAAAAACUUCAAUGAUGAAGAGAAAAUAAUAAAUAUAUAUUUAAUUAAUACCAGUUUGCUCAUGGCAAGCGUUUAGGUAAAAAUCACGAUUACAAAAAUUUUAAUAAAUAAUAAUAAAAAAUAAAUAAAAAAAAUCAAGGGAUUAAAAUAUAAGCAACCCCCAAGCAAAAUAUUAAAAUUGGAAUGAUGAUGAAUGAUACUCGAGAUGUGUAAAUAAAUAAAAAAAAAGAAAGAAAUAAUUAAAAAGAAUAAAAAUAAAUAAAUUAACGCGACGGUUCAAAUAAAACGAGCCCUUGUUCAUCAAACGGACAAUUAAUUAAAAAAUUAUAAACAAAUAAAAACAACAAGAAGAAAAAAAAAACAACAACACCAACAACAUCGUAAAUGCUGAAUAAAAUAAAUAAAAUUUUAAUCAUGUAAUCAUUGUUGGAUUAAAAAUGAAAAGAAAAAAAAAAUGUAAAAUUAUAUAUAAUGUUAAUUAAAGUAUAAAAUAAUUAAUGAUGAUUACUGUGAAAAAUAAUAAAAUUAUAAAAAAAAAUAAAACAAAUACAUGUAGAUGAAUGUGAAAAUUUUAAAACCAGAAAAACUGGAUUUUAGAUACUAACUUUUUAGAAAAAAAAAAAAAAUAUAUACAUUAUCAGAUCAUAACAUUUAUUUAUAACAAUAUUUCAAUUGAAAAUAAAUAAAUAAAAAACUAAUUACACACAUACACACUCAUACACAGCUGUACCUUAGUGCAUAACAAAAAGAAAAAAAAAAAAUCGAAAUCUCAAUUUAAUUAUUCAUUGUUUAUUUUAUUUUUUAUGAAACACUAGUCAAGUUAUGUUAUUGUUCAUUAUCCUUUAUCCUUAUCAGUCCUUUUU